UAUUAAGGCUCUCAUUCUUCAGGUUUUAAUGUAUUUUUCAAUUAAUAAUUGUCAAACAAUACCUUGAAAGUCAAACCCAUUAGAAAAGUAGUGGUAUAUCAUAUUUCAAAUUUCUGCAUGUAUUCAUGAGUUGUGUGUUUACGUUGCUAUGCAUGUUACAGCAAGAGUUGAUCCACCCUAUAACUUUCAAAGUUCAAACUAUUUCAAUAGGGAGGCUUCACUGUUUUAAUUUUUGUUUUAAAUUUUCUUCUGUGAUCAUAGAUAUAGACCUAUAUGGCUGCUAUGGAAUUAAAUGAUGAAAACUUAAAUAACAGGUCGAAUGAUCAGAACUUAAAUGAUCAGUAUAAUCGGAACUUAAAUGAUCCGGUCCUAAAUGAUCAGAUGGAUAUUGCAAGACUACAUGCUUUAGUGCUCUUCAUACUGGAUACCGUGAUAACUAUUUUUUGUCUACUGUUUCUUAUCUGGUUUUUUGUUGGAACCGUCAUCACUAUCAAUCAAUACAAUUCUGAUCAUCAUGAUACAGCACAUGAUUGCAAGGAACUAUAUGAGCAGGGACAUACCCACAGUGGAGUGUACACUAUCAAACCAGAUAAACUACCUGCUUUUGAGGUUUAUUGUGAUAUGAGUAAUGGUGGUGGUUGGACUGUAUUUCAAAGGAGAAUGGAUGGUUCGGUUAACUUUUAUCUCAAGUGGGCCGACUACAAAAAAGGAUUUGGAGAUCUCAAUGGAGAGUUCUGGCUGGGACUUGAUAAAAUACACCGACUCACAGCAACAGGCAAUACUAGCCUACGUGUUGACUUGGAAGAUUUUGAAGGUGUCAGUGUGUUUGCUCAUUAUUCUACAUUUAUAGUUGGAGGUGCUCACACUAGCUACACACUAACAGUAGGAGGAUACAGUGGGAAUGCUAAUGACAGCUUAUCUGUUGAUCAUAAUAAUAUGAAAUUUUCAACUCAUGAUCGUGACAAUGAUAUUGAUGAUGAUCAAUGUGCUAGUACAUACAAAGGAGCAUGGUGGUACUUUAAGUGUCAUUAUUCAAAUCUUAAUGGUCAAUAUUUGACUGGUGCGCAUACCACUUUUGCUGAUGGAGUGAACUGGCUUCAUUUUAAAGGCUAUUAUUAUUCUUUGAAGGUAUCUGAAAUGAAAAUUAAUAGGAAAUAAAACAGCAUUGUAGUUUUCUUAACAAUUACCUACUAUUAGUAAAUAAUGUUAUAGCUAUACAGUUAUGAUCUUAUGUUUUCUUGUUGUAAAACAGUCUCUUUGAUCUCUGUUGUUUUUAUAGUGAGAGGGAGGAAUGAUAUAAAAUAUUUUUCAUUCCCUUCUCUCUCAUUCUCACUUUAACUUGAAUUUUAUUUUUCAAUAAUGAUGAUAAUAACUUCAAUCAGAUGUAUUUGCCAAAGUAGCAACGCCCUAAAAGGCAGGCCCUUUACAUGAUAUCAUAUUUCACUUUCAGUUCUAUAUUCAUGAAUUGUGUGUUUACGUUGCUAUGUAUGUUAUAGCGAGAGUCAAAAUCCGCCCUUCAGUCUAUUGCAAAGAGGUGCCAGCUUUAAACUUAAACUUAAGUUC